UUCCCCCCUAUCCAAUGGCCUAAGAAAUUAACCAGAAAGAAACACCAUCACAAUUGCUAGCGCUAGCUGUUCUUGCAAGCUGAUCAAACUUGAAAUAAUAUGGGAAACUACACUUCUUGCUGUGCUGUUGUUACCCUCUCAAGAAAACCUAAGACUGCAAAACUUAUAAAUUCUCAGGGAAACUUUAGGCAAGUAAGUCUCCCGGUAAAAGCUGCAGAGCUCAUGCUUGAAGAACCUGGCCAUAUCAUCGCUCCAGUAGAUGAGCUGAAGCAAAGGAGUCGUACAAUAGCCAUGCGAGCUGACGAUGAGCUUCUGCCUGGAAAGGUAUACCUGUCAGUUCCUUUAAGUAAGGCAAACUGUAAAAUUUCUGCGUCGGAGUUGGCAAUCAUUGAGUCUACCAUAGCUGCUUGUGCGAAAAGGUCGAGCAAGAAGAGAAGUGGUGCUAAGGUUUUGCCUGCUAUGGCAGUGGACUUGUGGGAGGAGAAGGGAUCAGAGAGUGGGGUUAAGGUCUUGGAAGGAAAUGAUACGAGCUCUACCAGUUACCGGUUAGUGAAUUAUAGGCAGUGGACUCUGGCGUUGGAGCCGAUACCGGAGGAGUUUUGACCACAGAUGAACCUUUUUUCUUUCUAGCUAAGGUUUAGAGUUUUUUUAGAGAAAAAUGGAUACAUUGUACACUUGAGAUGCAAAGGUAGGGGGUUAUUCAGUUAGGAAAUUAAGAAAUAUGUUCAUAUGGUUUUCUAAGAAAAAUUGAUAAAUUGUACACAA